UCUGUGAUCCAGCUACAUUAAUGCACAAAAUUUGACUUCGAUAAGAAUGCAUCAGGUAUUUCCCGUGCCUGUGACUACAGGUUUUGGUAACGGUUUAGUGUCGAUAUUACACUGUUACUUCUUUGGUACGUAUGGGGAACUACUUUUUCUAUUUGAUGUAAUAUCUCAGGUUCUGUAUGGGGGUAAAACAUUGGCAGUAUUUCUGCAGUGUAUGUGAGCAGUAAAAGUUUUGAUGGUAAUCAAUGUAUUUGAUACCAAAACGCGUUUGUACGUCAGUCAUCAAAAAUUUUAGAGCGUAUAUAUUAUUUCAUGAAUGUUAGCUACCGCCAUCCUUAUUAAAAGGAAGUUCCGACUUGUCGUAUGACAGUGUGUGUUGUUGAACAAGAGGAUUAAAGAAAGCCAGCAAAAUGAUGAAAGGUGCGCUUCCGAAGAAGGAGGGGAAGAUGAGAAUUAGAGCUUUCCCGAUGACUAUGGAUGAGAAGUUUGUUGAAAGCAUAUGGGCCUUGCUGAAGAAUGCCAUCCAGGAGAUUCAAAAGAAAAACAACUCUGGAUUGAGUUUUGAAGAAUUGUAUAGGAAUGCGUACACAAUGGUCCUUCACAAACAUGGAGAACGUUUGUACACUGGCCUUAAAGAAGUUGUGACACAACAUCUGGAAUCAAAGGUCAGGGAAGAUGUUCUUAAUGCACUGCAUAAUAAUUUUCUCCAGACAUUGAAUCAAGCAUGGAAUGAUCAUCAGACAUCUAUGGUAAUGAUCAGAGACAUUCUGAUGUACAUGGACAGGGUUUAUGUCCAACAGAAUGAUGUUGAUAAUGUAUAUAAUCUUGGACUCAUCAUAUUUCGUGAUCAGGUUGUUCGAUAUGGUUGCAUAAGAGACCAUUUAAGAGAUACGUUGUUGGAUAUGGUAAUGCGAGAGAGGAGAGGAGAAGUAGUGGAUAGAAUUGCAAUUAAAAAUGCAUGUCAAAUGUUAAUGGUCCUGGGCAUAAAUAGCAGGUCGGUUUAUGAAGAAGACUUUGAAAGACCCUUUCUUCAGCAAUCUGCAGAAUUUUAUCGGUUGGAAAGCCAAAACUUCCUUGCAGAAAACAGUGCAUCUGUUUACAUUAAAAAAGUAGAAGCCCGUAUAAAUGAAGAAGCAGAAAGAGCAAAACACUAUCUUGAUGAGUCCACAGAAACCAGGAUUGUAGAAGUCGUUGAAGAAGAACUGAUAAAGAAACACAUGAAGACGAUUGUAGAAAUGGAGAAUUCCGGUGUUGUUCAUAUGUUGAAAAACCAGAAGACAGAAGAUUUGGCAUGUAUGUAUAAACUCUUUAACAGAGUAACUGAUGGCCUGAAAACAAUGGCUGAUUGUGUAAGCCAGUACCUCAGAGAGCAAGGCAAAGCUUUAGUGCAAGAAGAAGAAGGUGGAACAAAUGCCAUUAACUUUGUACAGAACUUACUUGACCUGAAGGACAGGUUUGAUCAUUUCCUUCACAAUUCAUUUAAUAAUGAUAAAAUAUUUAAGCAGAUGAUUGCAUCAGACUUCGAACAUUUUCUCAAUUUGAAUCCAAAGUCACCAGAAUAUUUAUCAUUAUUUAUUGAUGACAAACUAAAGAAGGGAGUAAAAGGGAUGACUGAACAGGAAAUUGAGAUGGUACUUGACAAGACUAUGGUCCUUUUUAGGUUUUUACAAGAGAAAGAUGUGUUUGAAAGAUAUUAUAAGCAACAUUUAGCCAAAAGAUUAUUGCUUAAUAAAUCAGUUAGUGAUGAUAGUGAGAAAAACAUGAUCUCAAAGUUAAAGACUGAGUGCGGGUGUCAGUUCACAUCAAAACUGGAAGGAAUGUUCAAAGAUAUGACUGUAUCAAACACAAUAAUGGAAGAAUUCAAGGACCAUGUCAUGACAUCAGGGACAAAUCUUCAUGGUGUAGACAUGAGUGUGCGGGUUCUUACCACUGGAUUUUGGCCAACACAAAGUGCGACUCCAAAAUGCAGUAUUCCAGCAGCUCCCCGCAAUGCUUUUGAAGCUUUUAGAAGGUUUUACCUAGCCAAGCAUAGUGGGCGACAACUUACUUUGCAGCCACAACUUGGAUCUUCUGAUCUCAAUGCAGUAUUUUAUGGGCCUCGAAAAGAAGAGACAGAUAGUAAGGAUGGUGCAAGUUCUUCAUCAAGUUUGCUAUCUGUUGCAUCUCAAAGAAGUUGUGGGCCCAGAAAACACAUAAUCCAGGUGUCUACAUAUCAGAUGUGUGUGUUGAUGCUCUUCAACAACAGAGAAAAAUUAACUUAUGAGGAAAUCCAAAGUGAAACAGACAUACCUGAAAGAGAUUUGAUCCGUGCCUUGCAAUCCUUGGCUAUGGGAAAGGCAACACAGCGAGUUUUAAUUAAAAACCCAAAAACCAAGGACAUUGAGCCAAAUCAUUUGUUUUAUGUAAAUGAUUCCUUUACUUCAAAACUCCACAGGGUAAAGAUUCAGACAGUUGCAGCAAAGGGAGAGUCUGAGCCAGAGAGACGAGAAACACGUAAUAAAGUUGAUGAAGACAGAAAACAUGAAAUUGAAGCAGCUAUUGUACGAAUUAUGAAAGCGCGCAAGAGAAUGACUCACAACGUCCUUGUAACAGAGGUAACAGAACAGUUGAAAAGUCGAUUUCUUCCGUCACCUGUUAUAAUCAAGAAGAGGAUAGAAGGAUUAAUUGAGAGGGAGUACUUAGCAAGAACACCAGAGGAUAGGAAAAUUUACACAUAUGUUGCUUGAGCAAGAUACCUGUUAACAAGAUGCCUUUAAACAGCAUUUGUCUUCACAUCUUCGAAGAUGUGUGGAUCAAGGAUGACAAGAUGCAUUGAAGCUAGAUGAAGCAUGUUUGCCUGUGAUAACGUAUCUGGAAAAGCUGUCGUGAUGAGCUCAAAUAUUCCUUGAAGACCGGUGUAAAAUGUUUAUUGUUUUCAAUUUGCAUACCCAAAAUUAAAUUAUUUGUGAUGAAAAAAUUUUCAAAGUUUCUCUACAUCUAAUAAGAGUUACUCAUUUUCAUUUACACGUAGUUCUGUAAAAAGUGAGUUAUCACCAUGAUCAGCAUUACAGUCGACAACUGCUUCUGGCUGUGCACACUUACACAUUUCUAUGCUACAAUCAGCAGUGACCUCCUGACUGUGAUAAAAUGUUCAGACGUUGUUGGACGACAAGAACGAUUGUUGUUAAGACUAGUAUGUGCGCUUCAAGCAACAUAAGACAUUGUGUUAACAGAUACUCAGAAGAGUGAUGAGUUUUUCGUACUCCGACUGUUUGUGACAGUUUGUGGUAUUCGAACUUCUCAGGAUUUAUAAUGAAGCUGUAGCUUCCUGUGUCAUGAUUGUGUUUGUAAUUACAUCUUUGACUGUGAUACAGUUAACUUCAAAUUGAGGAAACUGUAGGGUGUGAUAAGACAUUGGGCACCCUCUCAUGUCAGAUUUUGUGAAAGACUUCGUGCCAGAGUGGAAGCAAGAGCCACAUGUGCAGUGAUAACAGUACUGUACACCUUAAAAGUCAGUAUGCCAGCUUUAACCGUGUUUUGGCUUUUUAGAGUUUCCUGAGAACAAUUGUACUUUCUGAUAAUGUCAGGAACUGUUAGUUUAUUUCAGUGCUUUUCUUGUGUUUUAAUAUAUGGACCCACAAGGUAGGGCAUACACCAUCAUAAUUCAAACAUUGUUAAAGAAAAGAAUUCUUCCCAUUUCUUGUUGUUUGUACUUGAGAAUGCAUCUUAAAUUGUGUUGCAUAAUCAGUUUUUAUGGAAUGAAAUCCUAUUAACAAAAGGGAUUUAGUCAUUGAUAUUGUGGCAUUCUUUGAAAUGAAAUUGUUUGAUUGUAUUUUAUGACUUGUAAAUAAAUUUCAGAAGUUUCAAAGGAGUAGACUCAGUUAUUUGUCAGAUAAAUAAUAAAAAGAAAAAGAUGUUUCAAAAUAAAUCAGUAUUUCUGGCCACCGUGAAAAUAUGUUUAAAAAAGUCAGAAUAUGGUUUUUGUUCAGACACUUUUUAAAAUUUUAAAGUCCUUAUUAAUAUUAUUAUUUACUGCAGUUAUUAUUUUAUUACUAUCGUUAUUCAGUUGUACAUUUUUGUAUAUAUAUGUAUGAGAUUUCUCUUAUAGCAACUCUUGAAUGUAAAUUUUCUUUUAUUGCAGAAUUUUGUUAUAUUGAACUAAGAGUGUUACGUCCUUUCGAGAAAUGGUGACUGUAGUAGGCUAAAUAUUUUUAUAAUAUUUAUGAAUGCAAAUUAUGGAACUGUACGGAUGCACAGAUGAUCAUAUAAUUAGAGCUUAUUAGCUCAUCAGUUGCUACACUUCCGUUAAUUACAGUGCAUUGUAAUGCUUUGAGAAAUGGAUUAUUAGUUGAAAACAUCACUUGAUUUUACUUUUUUUCAUAAAUGUUAUUUGUAUCCAGAACUUUGUAAAGAGCUAAAGAUUGUGAAUUUUGUAACAAAAUCUCUUUUAAUGUCUUACUGCAGGUUUUUCCAAAAUUUACUUCUUGUGUACAUUGAAAGAAACGACUGAAAUGGUUAGUAGAUAUGAUAACUGAUGGGAAAAGGGGCAGCGAUUUAUUUUUGAUCUGCUUUAGAUGAACCUCAUAAUCCUCCCUUGUUCUUGAGGCACUAGCCUGAGAUACCAUUAAGUACACAAUGCUGUCCUCCUCUGUUUGCUAUGAACGUCUUUGUGACAGUGUCAAAGAAUUAACCCCAUUCUGUCUCACCCUCUCCCCCCAGCUGUUUGCUUCUGUGCCCAUACACUCAGUAAAUUACCACACACUAAAUAAAACUUGAAUUUUUUUUCUUUGGCUUAGUGUUGCUUGGUAAUAUCAAUUUUAGUUUCAUGGUCUCAUUUACUCUUUUUCAAGUUACUGUUAAGUUUUUCCACUUGUUCUUGUUCCACAGUGCAUUGAUAAUCCUGUAAAAAUAUAACUUCUGUUUGCAUUGUUUACAAGUGUAAGUUCACAUAACGAAUAAUUUACUUAUGAAUAUUGCAGAUAGAUGCUACUCUAAAAUUAAUUGGCAUUACCACUAAUUCUAUACAGUAUCCUUCUCAUAUAUAUUGUAGCACACUUUUUACUUUUCAGUGGAAAUUACUUGUUACAAUGUUUUGAAGGCCAAAGUUUGCAUCUUUAUUUGCUGGAAACUAUUUGUAUUUAUUUGAGUUCGUGUUUUAGUUAAGUAGUAUUCUCAGCACAUGAUACGCUUUUGAUUACAGUUAUUGAAACCUCAUCGUCAUGACCUUUCGAUUAUUAUAGAUGCUCACCAGACUUUUCAAUAUACAGGUCAUUUACACAGAAAUGGGCAUAAUUUAAAUAGCAGUUGAAUAAUACACCUCUUGUUGUGAACUCCUGACUUAGUGAAGGUGGAGUGUAGGUACCUACACAUAUUUUUUAAAGAAGCCCAUACUGUAUGUAUAUAAUAAAAAAUACUUCUUACA